GACGCUCAACGCGUACGUGUCGCUCGCUCUCUCUCCUGUAAAUACGUAGUUCGUAGUAUAGUUAACAUGUGUUUAGCUAAGGAUCAAUCUUCGCCGCAAAAGGAGGCCUCGCCGCCUCGGUCGCCAUGGGCUAAGCUUCUGAACCGCCAGAACUCAAAGCCAAGGCUUCCGAGGAAGAUAACGAGCUCCACGCGUGUGAAUUUAAACAAGUGCUGGUCGAAGCUUGGGGAGAUUAUCUCCAACGCGUCGCCGCGCACUGACCUGCCAUCGCAAAAGACUGCAUACCCUGAGGAGCCUAUCCUCGUCCCGUUCUCCGACUUCUUCUACCCGGUGGACCCGGUCAAACCGAUCCCGGUGGAGGACAAUGAUAAUGCCGAGAACCAGAACAUCCUCAACUCGAGUCGCUUCGAGCUGGUCACCGACGAUUCGGAGAUCAGCGACAACAUGGCCAACGAAGUCCGCGAAAUCUGCUACUCGGCCAACACCAACUGUAUCGUAUGUAAACUUUGUUAUUAGUUCCCGCUCUAAUAACGUCCACUCUUUCGACCUUCCCAAUUUUCUUCGCUAGUUUUGAAUCGAAAUAUGCAGUGAAACAAAAUCUUGUCUUCCAACAGUAGAUUUAGUGUCCACUCGAGUGCGAGUAUAUCCAAUGUCUUCCAUUAGACUUAGUGAGUGUAGACACAACGCUUCCUUCAGUGCUUUCAUUGUGAUUUAACGAGUAGUUUCCGACUGUGAUUCCUAGCGAUAAUCGCACCAGUGACGCGUUGUGUUUUCACUCUUAAAUUAGUGUUUAAUAACAGUAUAAAUUGUCAGCAAGUUUGGUAGACAGCUUUAACGUGACUGCACUGUAAUUAUCAAGCACCAGUUUCCAGCUAUCUCCUAAACUUGAGCAGAGAUCUGCUUCCAAUUCUUUUCUAUAUCUAUAUCCAACGUCUUCCAUUAGUUCGUAAGAGAGUUUUAUAUUAUUGACUGUGAUAUCAAGAGUAUAAAUGUGAAAGCUUUAAUUAGGUUUAAGAGAGAUUUAUCAUAGAAUUUAUAAACUUUUAAGUAGAGAUUUAAUAAGAUUAUUAUGAUUCCUGAAGUGCCUUAAAGAUCGUGAGACUACAAGCGGAAUAAUUCUCCAAUUCUUUAGUUUCUUAGCUUUAGUUUAGCGAUUCUCGUGACAUUAAAUGUACACCGCUUUAAAGCGCUCAGUAAAGUUCUAAUACAUAGAUAUACGUGUUGAUAUGAAUGGUACAUAUCAGUAAUGAAGCUUUAAUAGUUCGUAAUUUUUAGUACGUAGAGCAGUUGAAGAAAUUUUGAAAAUUUUGCUUCGAGCGGAAGCGGGCCGAAGGUGCCAAUUGUUUAGUUUAAGAUUUAUAUUUCACUUUUCUUUCAUUUUGGAAUAUUUUUGUGUAACUUUGAUUAAUUGAGUCCGGACUCUUUAUUUGUUAAAAUUAGUUUGCAUGCUAGAUACUUUAAGCUUAGUUUUAAGUAUUUUUAUAAA